GUAUGGGCGUCGCCGGAUCGCCCCUUUUCACUCUUCAGCCAAUAAAGAGUUGUCUAAAAUAGCCCAAAUUUACAUACACUUCCCUAACUAAGCGUCUAGUGUGGAACAUUUGCGCCGUUUCUGCGGUUUGGGCCUUCGUUGAAACUGCUGCACUGUCGUUCACGUGUUUAAGAACUUUUCAAAAUACGUUACCUGUUUCUGAAACAUUUAACUGGAAAAGAGCUCCAGCGCAUCUUGAAGUUACUUUAAAAUAACGUUUCUGUCGACACAUUCGCAACAAUGGAUGAUCAAAUAAGCUCCACGACACCUUCAUAUGACGUCCAUCACGAUGAUGAAGGAGAAUUUCGAGCAGAAAAACAGGCGAACUCUCUGAUGGACGAAGAUUUCUCGAGUAGUGAAGCGCAGGCUCAUGUUCCCGAGGUGGAGGGGAUUUUAGAUCUGGCCGGAGGAGCGAAAGAUGCGCUGGAGAGACACAGGUCCACAAUGCCACGUAAAGAAGAGCCGCUACUAGACUUUGGAGAACCAGAACCAGAACCAUCAUCCACCAUUAAACCAGAGCCAGAAGCUCCAAAACCAGCGCCGAUCAGCUCGUUUGGAGAUGCAUCCCCAAAACAGGCGAAACCCGAAGAAAAAGAAGAGAAGCCAACAGUAGCGCCAUAUAAAUGUAACUCUUCGUGCUCAUUGGUGGAGCUGCUGUAUUGGCGAGAUCUGCAGAGGACGGGGGUGGUGUUUGGAGCUGGUCUGUUCCUGCUGCUGUCCCUUAGCAUGUGCAGCAUCAUCAGCGUCCUCUCCUACGUAGCCCUGGCCCUGCUGUCCGUCACAGUCUCCUUCAGGAUAUACAAAGGCAUUUUACAGGCUGUUCAGAAGUCAGAGGACGGGCACCCUUUCAAGAUGUACCUGGAUAAGGAUACCGCACUCCCGGCAGAGAUGGUUCAUAAGUACAGCGACUCGACUCUGGUGCACAUCAACACUGUUAUUAAAGAGCUGCGACGACUCUUCCUGGUGGAGGAUCUGGUGGACUCGCUCAAGUUUGCUGUUUUAAUGUGGAUCCUGACAUAUGUCGGUGCCUUGUUCAAUGGUCUCACUCUUAUUAUUUUGGGUUUCAUUGGUGCUUUCAGUUGCCCGGUGAUCUAUGAAAAGCAUCAGGCACAAAUUGACCAUUAUUACGGACUGGUGAACAAGCAAUUCAAAGAUGUUGUGGGAAAGAUCCAGGCCAAGAUUCCCGGAGCGAAGCCAAAGACUGAGUGAAGCAAGUUGGAUUGUGUGUUAUUUCCGUGCACAAGACGUGAUGGUGUAACAAAGAUGAUGGACAGAUUCGUGUUUGGUUUGGAAAAAAAGGCCUUAGACGACACAAUGUAAACUUUAUCCCCCAACCUCCCCCCAACGUUAGCAUAACCGAGAAUGAAACCUAUUUUUUUUAAACCUCUAUCAGUUUCUCACACAAUAGCAGACUCGUCUUUCACACUAGAUCUAGUUCUCUAUGUUUGAAGCAAACGCAGCUAUUAACCACCAUUACAGAAUGUAGUCCGAGGAACUGAAGUCCACGAAAGCAGAAAUGAAUGAGGUUUUUUGUUUUUGUUUGUUUACUAUUGGGUCAGUGAAGCGUUGUCUUGUUUGAAGGCCAUUUGGAUUCAUUUCAGUAUGAUUGAAGGGAGUGAAUUGUUUUUGCGAAGUUCCUUCACAACAGGUCUUUUUGUUUUUAGCUAUUUUUCCCUUUUUCGUUUGUACUUGGAGUGAUAGAACACAGUGGUGUUGUGGUGUAACUGUGUUAAAGUUGAUGCAAUGAAGUUGUGUUAGAGGUGAAGAGGCUUCUGUAGCAGAGUUUAAGAGCAGUUUUUAUUUUACACUCGUCUUCAAAGGGAUCUAUUACGGCGUAUUGCACCCACUGUUUUUAGCCGUUAGCGAAAACAACUAAAAAGAAGUAAUCUCUAAAGUAUGCUGUGUUGGCCUGUCACCUUCCUGUCAUGUCAAAACCGACAACAUGUUUGCAGAAAUGGGCGUCUCCAUCGUGGAUCGAAUACCUGAAACGGCGCACGCUCUUAAAUAAAUUAAUAAAUAAAAAAAAUAAAUAAAAAAAGUCGCAAACUUCAAGCACUGUUUCUUCAUGCAGGUCAUUUGUAAAUGAUUAUUCAGUUUUGAUGAAAGUAUGCUGUCUGUGAAUGCAUUGUGAAAAAUAAGCCAAUAAAGUAUCAAUAAAGCUUGUUAGACAUACUA